GACGUUCGGCCGCCGCUCCCUCUGACGCCGUGAUCGGAGCGGCCUGGGUGGGCGGCAGUCGGCGGGGCUGGGCGGGGCUGGGCUGGGCUGGGCGACGAUCGCUGAGCGCAAGGAGGGAAGGAGCGUCGAGGAAAGAUCGGUCACGACCGCCGUCGACGGUGGAAAUUCAUCUAUCAAACUUCACACUCGGCAAAUCUCCUACAUUCAUAAAAUGGCAGCAACCAAGACCAAAGGCCAGAAUUCCUUGGCACUCCACAAAGUUAUUAUGGUUGGAAGUGGUGGUGUGGGAAAAUCUGCCCUAACACUGCAAUUCAUGUAUGAUGAGUUUGUUGAAGAUUAUGAGCCUACGAAAGCAGACAGUUACCGGAAGAAAGUGGUUUUGGAUGGUGAAGAAGUCCAGAUCGACAUCCUGGAUACUGCAGGUCAAGAAGAUUAUGCUGCAAUCAGGGAUAAUUAUUUUCGUAGUGGAGAAGGCUUCCUGUGUGUUUUCUCCAUCACUGAGCAAGAAUCUUUCGCAGCUACUGCUGACUUCAGGGAGCAAAUUCUCAGAGUGAAGGAGGAUGAGAAUGUUCCCUUUCUACUGGUCGGCAAUAAAUCAGAUUUGGAAGACAAACGACAAGUGUCGGUGGAUGAGGCAAAGAGCAGAGCUGAACAAUGGAGUGUGAAUUACGUGGAAACAUCUGCAAAGACAAGGGCAAACGUUGAUAAGGUUUUCUUUGACUUGAUGAGGGAAAUACGAGCAAGAAAAAUGGAAGAUAGUAAAGAGAAGAAUGGAAAGAAGAAAAGGAAAAGCAUAGCUAAAAGAAUCCGGGAGAGAUGCUGCAUUUUAUAAACUUGGUAGACUAAACUAUUUUAGAAGUCCAAGCAUACUAAGUAUUUCAUUUCAUUUGCUGUUCCUUCAUAAUGAUUGAAGGUACACUAAUGUCAUACAAAUUCAGAUUUCCAAAAGCAUGAAUUGGACCCAAUUUUACAACAGACUAUCAGGAGGUUUAAUGUCAAUUCAAAGUACUUUUGUGCUGUGUCAAUUGGUAUAUAGGCAUUGGGUUUAUAUCCUUUUAUCACAAGUACCAUUGGAAGUUUUUUUUUGAAUGGAUUUUCGGGGAAAGGUUAAUCAGUUCAGUCGUUUCAAAUACACAAUGAAGAGGUAACUUCUCUUGCAAGGCAAUGCAUUUUGUUAAAUCACAUUUUGAGUUCAAACUGUUUUUGCAAAUUCUGUGUAAUUUUUUUUACUUCCUUAGUACAACUAAUCUAAGUGCUGAUAUUUGGGAGAGGAAUAUUUGGUAUUAAGGGAAUCUUGCUCUUACCAAAUGUGCUCUUUUAAAAAAACUGCCUCCCUGUAUAUUCAGUUAUUAACGCUGAUUUUUUACCUUUGAUUUUUUAAAAAAAUCAAAUACACUUGCUGUUUACAUUUACAUCAAGAAUUAUCUUAAGCUGUUGCUAGCUGAGACAAAGCUUGGUGCAUAAUAGUUUGGAAAGCCUCACUAGAGUUUAAGCAGAGAAAACUGUGAAACUAUAAAGUGAGUCUCAAAGUAGAUUUAGUUGGAUUAUUGGCAGCUUACCUUUGGAUAUUUUGUGUUGCUUUGACCUUUAUAAAUUUGCUGGAAACCCACUGAAGCUAUUAAUCUGGAGCUGUGUGUUUCUGAUGCAGGUUAGACAGAAAGUAAGGCUUCUUUUAGAGUGCACACGUUUUUGUCACUAGUCACACUGAAAUUAAUAGGAAAAAGUUUGCACAUACUGUACAUUUUUUUACUUUGUUUUAUUUCACAGUAUUCUACACAAGUCUCUUGUGAGAAGUCAGUAGCUCAUACAAAUGUUGAAUCAUUAGGCCUUAAUAACAAAAUGGAUUAACACUUUUCAAGUCUAAUAAAAGUACAAGAGCACUUGCUGUUGAGUUCUACAACUUUGGUAGUUGGAUGGUUGAGAAAAACAUGUAUUCUCGUGUUUUUUGAGUAUUGUCUUCCUGAAAUGGUCUACAUUUUGUUUAGCCUUGAGCAAAUGGAAGAUCUGACUUCAUCACUGUGCUUUGAUAUCAAGACUGAAAAUUGAGAAGCUGUUUUGUAAAUAUCUAAGCUUAAAUUAUGAUCUCCAGUUUUUAAACUACAAAUAAUUUAUUACAUUUCCAUCAGUGAAUUGAUCUGCUUUUCUCUUUGGGUUAGCAAUGGAGCUUGAUCAUAUUAAAUUUUACUUUGGUAUAUGGGUUGAUGGAGUUUGUAUUUCAUUAGAUAAUUCAUAUACAAUAGAACUCUCAGCUAUUUUAAUUUAACCCACCCAUCCGUAAAUCCACUGUACCAAAUGAACAGCUGUUUUUUCAGUACUACCUUUGAAGACAUUUAAAAGUAUUAUUUCAUUGGAUGCAAAAUCCUGUCUUCCAUCUUGUGCUUUUCCCAUUUGGCAGGUUGGAUUAAAGUGAAUCUCCAUAAAAAUUUGAGAAAACCUUGUAGGUAUGCUGUCACACAGCAAGGGAACGUAAAGAUGAUUAACAUUAGGCACGAGUUACUGGGUUUGCUCAAGACAACAAACUGUUCAUGUUUUGUGUUACCUAGCUUUCCAGAAUUGCAUGUAAAUGGAUCUCAGUAUGUCAUAUCAAAUGAUUGUGAGUGGAACUUUGUUUUUUUUUCAAAUGAUUCACUGAUGCACAAUAGAUAUAUAAUCAAGCUGAGCUGUACUAUAGCAAAGCAAUGUAAAACUUGUAUAUAGAAACUUAUCUGAAUAUGCCUUAAAUUGAAAUUUUUACAGGUUACAUCCAUCAGGAAUGUGGCAAAUGAAUUAUGCAGAUGAAAACUGCUAAAAACCCUGUAAAAUAGUGCCAUACUUUUGGGUCUGCUGGCCUAGAACACAAUACCAUCUUCAGAAUUAUGCAUUACAGUUCAAAGAGCAGUUUCUUUUUUUUUGUAAAAAUAUAUGUAUUGUCUGUAUUGCAGUCCUUAGCCCUGCAGAGAAGCGGUGGGGAAAGUAGAGGUAUGAAGAAAGGUUUAGUUUGGAAGCACAUUCCCAUUCCAUUUUGUUCACUUUCUAUUGACAGAGAUUCAGACAAAAUUUAAUAUAACUGCAGAUGAAUUCUUCGAAGUUCAACUAGGAACACGAGGACAUUGUCACUAAAUCUGGAGUGCUGAGAAUCUGGAAUGUAUAACCUAGUAAAUAUCAUUUUUUUGUCUUUUAGAUGUACCGUUUACCUUUGUCACAUGUAUAUUCAACUUGUCUUUUUCAAUCUAGGGUUCAUUUGCACUGUAUAGAAUUGAGGGAAUUGUUGCAAAAUAUAGACAUUGUUUUAGACAUUAGCUUGGGUCCUUUUUUUCUACUACUUGUGUGCAUUGCAUAGCUGUGAAAUUUGUAUGGCAGUGUGAAUUUUUAAAAAAGUGAAAGUGAAUCUAACCACUAGCAUGAGGCUCACAGUAAUUGGUGAAAUUUGGGUUUAAUGGUGUUAUGAAGCUGAAAAACACAAUUAAGUGUUAAAAGGCUGAUGCCCUUGCCCUAAUAACAUUUUAAUUGUAUGCUAAACUACUAGAAAUAAAAUAACAUUUUUACAGCAUCUUGUAUUUAUUAUGCA